UGGAAGGCCUUCUCCCAGAAAGGGGACGAGUCCCAUGUCACCCUAUCUGAUGGCCUGACUGGGUUUAUCGAGACACAAGCACUUAAUAUGUCGUGAGAACGAUAUUCUCUAGAGAGAAGACCAGUACGUGGCCAAAGCAUUUACUCUGCGACGGCUACGGUAGAAAUCGUGGCUUAGGGCUGCGUGCAUUUCGGCCUAACCCUCAUGUCGAGACCCUUAAACAGCCGCCAUGGCCACAACUCCUCGCCUUAAUGGGCGACUCGGGCGAACGUAUUAUGAUAACCCUACUCCUGGAUUGUGCUAUAUUUACGCCUGUGAAAACGGGAGCGAAUAAUCUCUGUCAGAUUAGCGGAAAACCGCUGUCAGACGUCGAAGUGCUUAACCAGGAGAAGUUUGGGAAACAGCAAAGUAGUUGUGUUGUGAAGACUCCGUCGGAGAUUAUUUUCGUUCGAAACCGUAUGUUGUACGCUCGAGCUUCGCUUAACGCUCAUGGGGUUGUACACUUCGGUCUAAGACAUAUUCAUGUACUAAAUCGGUCUUUAUAUAACCAUCUCAAUGAAGUUGCAAAGCACUCAAACUCAGCUGAGGCCAUACAACGAAUGACACUACAAAAUGAAGCUCACACGCUACGAGUUAUGAUGUAUAUCUUCCCUCGUCAAUUUGGGCUUCAUAAUGUGUUCACUUCCAAAGUCAAUUUCAAAGAAACCGCACAGCGGCUUAAGGAUUAUACUCUUCGAGAAGAGGAGAUCUUUGAAAAGUUCGGCCGACUUAAUGAGUCUAGUACCCGGAUCAAGAUACCCAAAAGGCUAAGAGGUGCUGCGACGGAAUUAGUACAAAAGCUACAGAUAUUACACCAGCGUUGCUCUUACUCGAAACUCCUACAACACCAUUGCCCAGUAAGUCUACGGAAUAAAACCAGCAUGGAUAGCGCUGAUUUAUCCCAAAGCUUCAUACUUCUCUUAGUCACCAGGAAUUAGAGCCAACCGAAUUUAACACUGGUGGUCAAUCUACACGCAAAGCGAUUAUAUUGAAGAAAAGGAAGGCCACCCAAUCCACACCCGCGCAGAAAGAUCCAGUAUCAUCCAUCUUCGAUCUGGCAACUCCACCAGCAAAGG